AUGGACGACCGUGACUUGGAGGACGACGACAGGGAUGCAUUGGCAGGAUUAUCAAACUUCCCGCCUGUGCCCAAAAAAACUCAAUCAUAUAGCCAACAACUGCGUACAAGCACAGGAUCACAUCACAAGAAACAUCGCCAAGUGCGAAAACACAGCUUAGAUGAUGCUAAAACCAUCGGCAUUGCCAGCAGUAAUAGUUACAGCUAUUUCUUGGAGAAUUCAUCUGAUGAUGAUGAUGAUUUCUACCCCUAUUCCACCACUGUUGGCUCUGCUUCUUGUAACGCGGACUAUAAUAUUAAUCACAGGAUUGAUGGAUUGUCAAUGGGGGAUGGCGGUGGCUCUGAGGAAUACGUACAAUAUCAGCAUCAGCAUCCGCCGCAGAACUACCAACCAUUGCCGGAAUUUAUGGGGAGUGGGGGUGGAGUGGGGAUUUUCAAGGUGCCUACUCGGGCUGCGGUGCACCCGGGCCGCCCUCUUUGCCUUGAGCUUAGACCACAUCCCCUUAGAGAAACUCAGGUUGGGAGGUUUGUCAGAACAAUUGCUUCCACAGACACAGAACUAUGGGCAGGUCAAGAAUGUGGUGUAAGAGUUUGGAAUCUAUCAGAUGCGUACAAGCCAGGAAGUGGAUUAGGAGGAAGAACAAGGAGAGGGGAUGAGGAUGCAGCACCCUUUUAUGAAUCGGUAAAUACUUCCCCAGCACUCUGUCUGAUGGUGGAUCCAGGGACAAAGUUGGUUUGGAGCGGGCAUAAGGAUGGUAAGAUUAGGUCCUGGAGGAUGGACCAGCAGCAUUCAGAUGAUACACCUUUCAAGGAAGGUCUUUCUUGGCAGGCUCAUCGUGGUCCUGUUCUUUCCAUGGUUUUUUCUUCUUAUGGUGACAUCUGGUCAGGCUCUGAGGGCGGCGUUAUAAAGGUCUGGCCUUGGGAAGCAGUUGAAAAAUCUCUGUCUCUAUCCCCAGAAGAAAGGCACAUGGCUGCUUUAUUGGUAGAGCGAUCGUCUGUUGACCUUAGAAGCCAAGUUACAGUGAAUGGCGUAUGCAACAUUUCAUCUUCAGACAUAAAAUGUUUGUUAUCCGAUAAUCUCAGAGCCAGAAUCUGGGCAGCGGCCUCUUUGUCAUUUUCAUUGUGGGAUGCUCGCACAAGAGAACUUAUCAAAGUAUACAAUGUAGAAGGUCAGAUUGAGAAUCGAGUUGACAUGUCUUCAGUACAAGACCAAGUAGUUGAAGAUGAGAUGAACGUUAAAUUUGUGUCCAAAUCAAAGAAAGAAAAAUCCCAGAAUAGCUUCUUGCAACGGUCACGUAAUGCUAUCAUGGGAGCAGCAGAUGCUGUUCGACGUGUUGCAACAAAGGGUGCAGGUGCAUUUGUCGAUGAUACUAAGAAAACAGAAGCUAUAGUGCUUGCUGCAGAUGGGGUUAUUUGGACUGGAUGUUCAAAUGGUUUACUUGUGCAGUGGGAUGGAAAUGGGAACCGUUUGCAAGAUUUCAUUCACCAUCCUUGUGCUGUACUAAGCUUUUGCACAUAUGGCUCACGGAUAUGGGUUGGCUAUGUAAGUGGCAUGGUCCAAGUUUUUGACCUUGAUGGAAAUUUACUUGCAAGUUGGGUGGCUCACAAUGGCCCUGUCAUAAAAAUGGUAGUAGGCAAUGGUUAUGUUUUUAGCAUGGCAAAUCAUGGCGGUAUACGCGGGUGGAAUAUAGCCUCUCCUGGGCCUAUUGAUAACAUUUUACGACCAGAAUUAGCUGAGAAAGAAGACAUGUACACAACACAAGAAAAUCUCAGAAUUUUAGUUGGUACAUGGAAUGUUGGUCAAGGAAGAGCCUCUCAGGAUGCACUUAUGGCAUGGCUGGGUUCUGCAGUGUCAGAUGUUGGCAUUGUAGUUGUGGGAUUGCAAGAAGUGGAAAUGGGUGCUGGUUUUCUCGCAAUGUCUGCAGCAAAAGAAACUGUAGGACUUGAAGGAAGUUCUAUCGGUCAAUGGUGGCAGGAUGCUAUAGGAAAGACCCUGGAUGAAGGAUCAACAUUUGAGCGUGUGGGGUCAAGGCAGCUGGCUGGCUUGCUUAUAGCUAUCUGGGUGAGGAGGACUCUCAGAACGCAUGUUGGGGAUCUAGAUGUCGCAGCAGUAGCCUGUGGAUUAGGUCGUGCCAUCGGUAAUAAGGGUGGCGUGGGGCUGAGGUUGAGAGUAUUUGAUCGCAUAAUGUGUUUUGCCAAUUGUCAUUUAGCUGCACAUUUGGAAGCUGUCAACCGCCGCAAUGCUGAUUUUGACCAUAUAUUUCGAACAAUGACUUUCUCCCGUUCUAGCCCUCUUACUAAUGCUGCUGCUGGUGUCUCAUCUGCUGCCCAAAUGCUUCGGGGUCCAAAUGCAGCUGCAGUUAACCCAGAAGAAGGGAAACCUGAUCUUGCUGAUGCUGACUUGGUUAUGUUCUGUGGUGAUUUCAAUUAUCGCCUUUUUGGGAUAUCUUACGAUGAAGCAAGAGACUUUGUUUCUCAAAGAAGUUUUGAUUGGCUUCGCGAAAAAGAUCAGUUAAGAGCAGAAAUGAAAGCUGGUAAAGUUUUUCAAGGCAUGCGUGAGGCCCUUAUUAGAUUUCCUCCAACCUAUAAAUUUGAAAGGGGAAAGGCAGGUUUAGGAGGAUAUGACUCGGGUGAGAAAAAAAGAAUUCCGGCAUGGUGUGAUAGGGUACUAUACAGAGACAGUAGGGCUGCUCCAGCAGAGGAGUGCAGUUUAGAGUGCCCUGUAGUUGCUUCCGUUGUGCAGUAUGAGGCUAUCAUGGACGUAACAGAAAGUGAUCACAAACCCGUACGAUGCAAGUUGAAUGUUGACAUUUCUCAUGUUGAUAGAUCAAUACGAAGACAAGAGUUUGGGAGAAUUUUUGAAUCCAAUGCCAAUGUCAGGGCGUGCUUAGAUGAACUGCGUUUUGUUCCAGAAACCAUUGUCAGCACUGACAGGAUUGUGCUUCAAAAUCAAGACACGUUCAAUUUAAGAAUAGCCAACAAAAGUGGCAAAGACAAUGCUUUCUUCCAAAUUGCAUGUGAAGGUCAAUCCACCAUCAAGGAGGAUGAGCAACCAUCAGGUUAUCGCCCCAGAGGUUCCUUUGGUCUCCCUCGUUGGCUUGAGGUCACACCUGCUGCAGGUGUAUUGAAGCCUGAUCAAAUUGCUGAGAUCUCAAUACACCACGAGGAAUUCCACACCUUGGAGGAGUUUGUUGACGGGAUUCCUCAAAGCUGGUGGUCUGAAGACACCAGAGACAAGGAAGUGCUCUUGUUAAUCAAUGUACAAGGAAGCCGCUCACUGGUGACAGGAACUCACAGAAUACACGUGCGCCAUUGCUUCACUUCUAAUACUGUUCGUCUUGACUCAAAAAGCAACUAUGCUAGGAAACACUCAGGAAGUGCUCAUUCAAGAUCGUUGCCAAAACAUGCUGGUGCUACCUCUGAUACAAUUGAUGACCAUCGAAGCUUACGUGGUCCUUAAGCCUAAAUGAAUGAAAGAAUUCAGACAACAAAGUGUAUAGAUGAACUAGGCAGUUUUUGAUGAAAUGAUAUCCAGUCUAGCAACACAUUUCCUACAGCCUUCUUCACUAGAUAGCAUUGUGGUGUAAAUAUUCGGACUAUAGGCUUAGAUCUUGAUCUCAUGUUCACUAAGUUCCAUUUCAAAGUUCCAAAAUUUUCAUCA